ACAUGGCUGCGAUGAGAAAGAAAGCGGUUCGAUUUUCGGCACAGGAUGACCUAUGUCUGCUCCGAGAAGUGGUUGCUCAAAAUCCCUUCAGCGACAAGGGGAAAUGGGCGACAGUUGCCAUGGAAGUGACAUCAACGGUGGAUCGUCAGGGUUUUGACGUUGAUACGCGCAGAGUUCGAGAGCGGACCAUCUUGUUACUGGAGCAGUUCAAAAAAAGUGACAACGAUGCUGCAAAGAAAUCAGGCACGAAUGAAGAAGUGGGAGGGAAAGAGGAAUUACUGCAGGAAAUAUUGGAUCUGGCAUCUGAGGAGGAAAUAGCAAAAGAAACAGCAAAGAAGAAGAAGGAGAAGGAGGAGUCGAAGGCCAAGGAAAUGAGAAAGCGAGCCAUGGAAACUCUGCGUCCAGAAGUUUCUGAGGGGGAACCGGGACCAAGCUCUUGCAACAAAACAAGUGUUAUUGCUUAUCUUUCAGAAAAAGCACAGAGCGAGCAGGAUUUACGGAAAGAAGAGCUUCAGCUUGAGAAGGAAAAGCUAAAGUUGGAGAAAGAAAGAUUAGAGUUCCAGAAGGAAGAGCGUCGCCAACAACUAGAAAUGGAGAAAAAAGAAAAGUCCAUGAUGUUUAAGAUGAUGCAGGCACUGAUUGAUAACGUAAACAAGGACUAGAUUUGGAAAGAACAAACUUUUAGUUUAAUUUAACCAUCUUUUAGGUAAAUUACUUUUCGAAAGGUUUUUCAGAAAAAAAGGACAAGUUGCAAUGUAAAUGUAAAUGCAAUC